CAAAGAAUGGGUUCACCAUUGACAAGGUCCAUGUGAACUAGUUCUUCUUCUACACACCACGUCUCGUCGUCUAUAGAUUCAAUUCCCCCCUCUUUUUCUCAGUUUCUCACUCAUCCAUCUCCUCCCAAAACGGUUUUUUUAUUUUUUUUAAUCUUCUUUAUUAAAUAAAUCAAGAUACUCCGAACUAAUUUUAAAAAUCAAAAUUAAAAAAAAUAAAGUGAAAAAGCUAAAAUCUGAGAAGCCAGAGUAGAAGAAGAAGAAGAAGAAGAAGAAGAAGAAGAAGGAACGGUAAGUAAAUACCAAAAAAGAAAUUCAAAAAUCCUUCUUCUUCUCCAUUCUUCUCCAAUCAUAAAUACACACAUUCUUUAUUGAUUUUAGUCUCACACAGAAAUAUGGUUCAUUCUUCUUCUUCUUGUUUUGUUCUGCUGAGGUUAUAGAGAUACAAAGAGAAAGUACAUACUAAUAGAUUAGAUUAGAUUAGAUUGAAGAACAAGAGAUGUUGAAGAGGAAGAAUAACAGGAGUAUAAGUCUGAUAAGAACAGUCAUAUCAUGUACAAUCUUUCUGAUUUCAAUUGCAACUCUUCUUUCUGUUCAUCUUCAUAUCUUUCUCUAUUCUAAAGUUCCUGUCUUCUCUGAUCCUACUGCUUACAAGCUCCCAUCGCAACAUGAAAUCGGGCAUCAUGGGAGUGAGUUGAGCUGGACUCAGGAAUUAACUCCUCCCCAAUUUUCAAAACUUCCUCCUCCUUCACAAAAGUUGAAUGUUGCAAAUCGGAAUCGGGAUAUCGAUAAGCUAUGGAAGGCUCCCCAGAAUAAAGAUUUUGUGCCCUGUGUUGAUCCUAGUCCUGAGUAUUCACUUCCUACGGAGUCUCGUGGUUACUUGCUUGUUCAUACAAAUGGUGGGCUCAAUCAGAUGAGAGCUGGGAUAUGCGACAUGGUGGCAGUUGCUCGAAUUAUUAAUGCAACUCUUGUUGUUCCUGAACUUGAUAAACGAUCUUUCUGGCAAGAUACAAGCAAUUUCUCAGACGUUUUUGAUCUCAAUCAUUUCAUAAGUGCUUUAGCUAAUGAUGUCAAAAUCAUAAAAAAGUUACCAAAGGAACUGGCUACUGCUACCAGAGCAGUUAAGCAUUUCAGAAGCUGGUCGGGUAUAGAAUACUACCAAGAUGAGAUAGCUCGCAUGUGGGAAGAUUACCAGAUUAUUCGAGCAGCAAAAUCCGAUUCUCGCCUAGCUAAUAAUAAUCUACCUCCGGAUAUUCAGAAGCUUCGUUGCCGCACUCUUUAUGGUGCUCUUCGUUUUUCCCCUCGGAUUGAAGCUAUGGGAAAGCUGUUGGUGGAGAGAAUGAGGUCCUAUGGUCCGUAUAUAGCCCUGCACUUAAGAUAUGAGAAGGAUAUGCUUGCUUUUAGUGGAUGCACGCAUGGUCUGUCUUCGGAUGAGGCCGAUGAACUAACCUUGAUCAGAGAGAACACGCCACACUGGAAGGUGAAAGACAUCGAUUCCAGGGAGCAGAGGUCCAAAGGAUAUUGCCCUUUAACACCAAAGGAGGUGGGAAUGUUCCUAACUGGUUUGGGAUAUCCAUCAAACACACCCAUAUACAUUGCUGCUGGGGAGAUAUAUGGGGGUGAUAAUCAUAUGGCACAUCUCCUGUCUCGAUUUCCGUUAAUAAUGAGCAAGGAAAAAAUAGCAUCAGUUGAGGAACUUGAACCAUUCAUAUCUCAUGCAUCCCAAAUGGCUGCACUUGACUAUAUUGUGUCAGUUGAGAGUGAUGUUUUUAUUCCUUCUUACUCUGGAAACAUGGCAAGGGCAGUUGAGGGACACAGGCGUUUUCUGGGGCAUAGAAAAACAUUUUCUCCAGACAGAAAGGCGCUCGUACAUCUGUUUGAUAGAGUAGAACGAGGAUCACUUAAGGAAGGGAAGAAGUUAGCUGAUCAAAUCGUAGAAAUCCAUAGAAGACGGCAAGGGUCUCCAAGAAAGAGGAAGGGUCCCAUCUCUGGAACAAGAGGUAUGGAGAGGUUUCGGUCAGAAGAGGCAUUUUACGUGAACCCUUUACCAGAUUGUUUGUGUCAGAUGGAGCCUGCAAAUAUAAACAAUUCUUAUACUAGUAGUAAUAGGUAGAUGAAGAAGAAGAGUACAGUAAAUCAAAAUUAAUUCUUUCCUAGGUAGUAUAGGUUUUGUUCCAGAGGCUCGAAGAUACAGGAGCAACGUGUAAAGAAAGAACAGCUAGAAGCAGUAGACUAAGAAAAAAGUUCCAGCUAUAGAUGAACUUAGAGAAAUAAAAGUGCAGCUAAUAUGAUAGUAGGUGAGGUUUUAUGAACUAGAACUGCUGAAUAUUCACUUAGCCAGAGAAAGAGAUCAAGCAUGGCAACUAAGAAUCCGAAGCUGUUCAAAAACAACAAACGUUAAAUGUUGAGGCCCCUUUCACAAGACAUUAUAUAAGGAAGGGAAGAAGGAAAUUUGAAAUUUUUGACCGGCGACAAAAACUUGUAAAUGAACUGAUUUUUUAUGUAAAGAACACCCUAUUAUUCAUUGUAGGGUUUCCACGGAGAAUCUGUUCGAUCAUUAUUCUUUUUCAUCAGAUUCUCUUUGGAUGGUAAACUGUGAUUGAUUCAUAGUCUUAUUUGGUUGUAAUUAGUUUGGAGAUUUUUUCUUCUGAAUCAAUAUAUAACCUUCAAGAAGGAAUUCGUUUUCA